CGUUGUCAGUCGACCUCGGGCAUUCACACGGUACUCGAGUCCGGGUCGAAGGAGAAGAACGAGAAGAAGACACAUUUGUCCGCUUCUCUUAUCGUACACGUUCAUCUGUUUUUCUUUGCUGUCUUAUUUUCACGCGUUCGGUUUUCCUCUUCUUCUUGGCUUCAACAAGCCUGGAAAUCGAUAAGAAUUCGUGCGAUCGCGAGUUCCCUCAUUUGUGCUUACUGUGUUCUGGUGCGUCGACUUGUGUAUGUGUGUGAACUUUAUUUGGGAUCAAACGGAAGGAAGUUCGCGAAACUGGAGGAAGCUGGAGACUCCUGGCUCGAGAGUGACAAGAUGAGAGGGAACUGGGACACGGCGGAACCUUUGGUACACGCGCCGAAUCAGCAACGGCAACAACAGCAACAAACCAUCGUCGAAGAGCAAAGGCAUCCCCUCCAUUCACCAACCACGCCCGUUUGGGGUAUACCCGAUAGAAUCGUGAAGGAGGAACCGUCAGAGGACAAGAACAACGAUUCAGGCGUGUCACCUGAUUAUUACACCAGCAACUCUGCCUCGCCCAGAAGCAGAAGAUCCUCUUCAACGGCGAACUGCAGUUUGUCGCCCGGAAGCGCUACUUCUCAAGACUCGAGCACCAUGCAAUGCAGCGCGUUCGAUUACAGUCCGCAAAGGAUGUUCAAGAACUGCGGUUCACCGCUCGAAUAUAACAGGCAUCACUCGAUGAACGACCAUCAGUCGGACCAGGCGAUGGACGUCGCUUCCAGCACGGUGAAACCGUCCAACGAAGACGUCGAGUUCGUUCAGGACACCCUGCAGUGUCCCAUUUGCGCGUUUACCACCUUGAAUAGGUUAGCAUUCACCGAUCAUUUAAGGACGCAUUGCACGAUCCAAUGCGAGACGACAGACUUUGUAAAGACGAUCCUCGGCCAGUUGUCAACGUCGGGAUCCAUCCAGGACGAGAACAGGUCGACGCCACCUCAAGGUGAACGAUCGAAGCAGAUGGAGGAGCUAGAGGAAGCGGACGAGCCGGGACUCCGAGUUCCCCGGUUGAAUUCCCAGGGUAAAGUGAAGACGUUCAGAUGCAAACAGUGCGAUUUUACCGCGAUCACUAAGCUCGAGUUCUGGGAGCACAGUCGCGGUCACAUCAAGGCCGAGAAACUGUUGACCUGUACGAGGUGCCCUUUCGUUACCGAGUACAAGCAUCAUCUAGAGUACCAUAUGAGGAACCACGCCGGAUCUAAACCGUUCAAGUGCGACAAGUGUUCGUACUCGUGUGUCAACAAGUCGAUGUUGAACAGCCACUUGAAGUCGCAUUCGAACGUUUAUCAAUACAGAUGCGCCAAUUGUUCGUACGCUACCAAGUACUGUCACUCGUUGAAGCUUCACCUGAGGAAGUAUUCUCAUCAACCGGCGAUGGUGUUGAACGCGGAUGGUUCACCGAACCCGUUGCCCAUCAUAGACGUCUAUGGAACUAGACGGGGACCGAAGCCGAAGUCGGUCAAGAUACCCCAGGAAGACAGCAGCCAAACCGGCAACGUUGUUCCCACCAACAAUAACUUGCAGAUUUCACUGUCGUCCUCCCAGAUCGUAGUUCCAUCCCAGAUGUCCCCGGUCAACUAUCGCGUGUCGAUGAACUCGGUGAACAGCUUGAACGGUGCGAACACCCCGAACGGUUUGAACGGGGCGGUCCCUAACCCGUCGCUGAUGGCCUUCUCGUACAAUCAAAUAUUCGCUGGAUUUCCAUUGGCCACCGCCAUACCAGUCGCGUUCGAAGAGAACAGCGUCGAAAAGCAAUUGGACAGGAUCAGAUCGCACGCCUUGAUGGAUUACGCUAAGGUGAUCGAUCCUGACAGCAGCAUUCCCGAGGAGAUACCGCAGGAUCUAGAGGUCAAGUGUUUCGAUUCUAUCAGAACCUGCGACGAAUCCAACGAUUUGAUUAACAACGACCUCGCCAAAAUAAACGGCGCCCCGAUGCCCAACAUGGAGAACCAGGAACAGCGCAAGGACUCGAAAGUGACGCCGUUGGACCUCAGCAAACCCAACGUCCCUAGCAACGUCCAGAGCAGACCAACGACUAACUCGUCAAAACUGACAGGGACCAGCAGACGCAAAGGAAGAGCCGUGAAGCUGGAACGUCGGGUGGUCGAAGAGGACACGGACGAUGAACAUCUCCCUGGAGAACCGGAAGAGAUGUACGAGUCCGCGGUCCCCGCUAGUCCCGUCUCCCGUGACGAUAAGGAGACCAACGAACGAACCAGCACCCUUGGUAACGAGUUCACUUGCCAAUACUGCGAGAUCGCGUUCGGUAACGUAGUGAUGUACACCGUACACAUGGGAUACCAUGGUUACAAGGAUCCUUACACUUGCAACAUGUGCGGCCAUCAGUGCACCGACAAGGUGUCCUUCUUCUUGCACAUCGCCAGGUCAAAGCACUCGUAGAAAUUCGAGGUAAUUUUGAAAGAAGAAAAACGUGGAUUAAUAUGUGCCAUUAAAGUGUGCUCCAUGGUGGUGAUCCUUUCAAGACUUUAAGGAACGUUUACUUCCUGGGCAGGAAAUGGCGGAUGUCGCUCAAACGACGACUUGGAUAUUUUUUUUCUGAGACUGUCGUGGAUAUGUACCUCAAUCACGUGUACAAAUUGUUAGUAAGCGUGCAUAGAAAACUGAAUAUUAUAUAUAUACAUAUAUAUUAUAUUUUCAUAGAGACAAAUAUUCUUUAAGUUAAGGAUAUGUGAUUUUCCGAGAAUCUUGACCGAACGUCCAAAAAAUUAGAGUAGCUAUUCGCUAAGGCAGCUUUGCUGGAACAAGAGAAUUGAAACUGUACAGCGAAAUAUUAAUUUUAACCCUUUCGCUACCAAGGAUGAUUAUGAUCACCCCUUAAAAAUUGAGAAAAUCAUGAUUGAUGAAGUUUUCUCGUUUUGGUAUUUUGUUAACUCGUAGCGAAAGGGUUGAGGAAAAUCUAAUUUCAGAGCUGAGUGAAAUCAUUCGCUACGGUGAAUAUUUUUCCACCGCUUUUUUAUAACAUUUUUCUAUAUAUAAGCGUACAUAUAUAGAUGCAUAUAUUAUAAAUCAACAAAGAGACUGAUAUUUCACUUAGCUCCGAAUGAAAUUCUUUAUUAUUUUUCUUUAAUCGAAGAUUCUCGUUCUGGCAUGUAUUCGUUCGAGAUUUAAUUAAGUUCAUUGAAGUCGAUACUCUGGCUAGGUGUAAGUUAAACGCGUCAAUUAAAAGCUGAUGUUAAAUGAGAGAAAUGGUGAUGAUUAAUUAAGAGGGACGAGAGGUUGAAGAUUACUUGAAGGAAAUAACGAGGGGAUCGAAGUGGAACUUGCGAAGAAAAAUUCUCGAUUCUAGUCAAAAAACACCGGGUUGGGCGCUGUGAGUGUCGGUGGUGCUCGGUGUGCAAUGCAAAAAUAAAAAAGAAAAGAAAUGAAAAGGAAACAUCUAACAAAAGGGUUGGCUGUUGUGUCUAAAAGCACGAAUAUUCCAAGAUAUACUUUCAUAGUGCACCAACACGUUUUCGAGGACCAUGUUUCCCUUCGUUCGUAUAAUAGAAAGGCAAAAUUGUCGAUUUUUUACCAAGAGGCCUUAACUUCAACACGUUCUUAUUAUAAAUUUUUUCGAAUUGACUACCUUCUUAAUAUUUUUUUUCAGUUUUCAUUUAUUUUUUACUUUGAAGUUUGUUUUACAAAAUACGCGAGACUAUUUCGUUUUUUUUAUACCUUUACGUUUAUUUUUUUCGUUUUUUUUUUCAAGAACGCGGUGACGAGAAGUGUGGCCAAUGUUAAUAAUCGACCAUCAAUGUUUCUUUCUUGCAAAAUUUAUUUUUUUUUUUUCGUUUUUAAUUCGAAUAGGAAUAAUGACGACGUUUAGUAACAUGUUGAAUAUAUGAUAUCAAUACUAAUUACGAUUAUCUUUCAUUUUUCUUUUUUUCUUUUAACGCGACUCCUUUAACAUUGACUCGACGGAAUCUUAUUUGGUUCACCGUUUUCAAUUUCCCAAAGUCCCUUUCAGCAAGAAGAACUUAUGCCUUUUUUUAAUCGAACGAAGGGAAACACUCAUUUUCCAUUUUUCGAACAAGAGACGAUUUAUGUAAAGUCUAUAUUUUUUAAUA